AUGGACUCGAGGGUCACAGGAGGCUCCAGCGGCAUCGGCAAGAGCAUCGCCAUCGAGUGUUAUAAACAAGGAGCCUUCAUCACUCUGGUCGCACGGAAUGAGGACAAGCUGCUGCAGGCCAAGAAAGAAAUUGAAAAGCACUCAAUUAAUGAUAAACAGGUGGUGCUCUGUAUAUCAGUGGACGUCUCUCAGGACUACAGCCAAGUAGAGAAUGUCAUCAAACAGGCUCAGGAGAAACUGGGUCCAGUGGACAUGCUUGUAAACUGUGCUGGAACAACAAUGGCUGGCAAGUUUGAAGAGGUGGAAGUCAGUGCUUUCGAAAGACUAAUGAGCGUGAACUACCUGGGCAGCGUGUAUCCCAGCCGCGCAGUCAUCGCCACCAUGAAGGAGCGCCGCGUGGGGCGGAUUGUCUUUGUGUCCUCGCAGGCUGGACAGCUGGGCCUGUUCGGCUACACUGCCUACUCCCCAUCUAAGUUUGCCUUGAGGGGCCUGGCCGAAGCUCUGCAGAUGGAGGUGAAGCCAUACAACGUCUACGUGACCGUGGCCUACCCACCGGACACAGACACUCCCGGUUUUGUGGAAGAGAACAAAACAAAGCCCUUGGAGACGAAACUGAUUUCGGGGACUACAUCGGUCUGCUCACCGGAGCAGGUGGCCAAACAGAUCGUGAAAGAUGCCAUGCAGGGAAAUUUUAACAGUUCCAUCGGCUCCGAUGGGUACAUGCUCUCAUUGCUGACCUGUGGAAUGUCGCCAGUAACCUCGAUCACAGAAGGGCUCCAGCAGGUGGUGACCAUGGGCCUUUUCCGCACGAUCGCUUUGUUUUACCUCGGGAGUUUUGACAGCAUAGUCCGUCGCUGCAUGGUGCAGGGAAAGAAAUCAGAAGUUGUGGACAAAACGGCCUGAUGCCUGCCCCACCCCCGCCUCGGAAAAGGACCGCUUCUGUGUAUCGUGGACAGCUUGCCGCUCAGUGGGGCGCCGUGGCCGCUGCAGACAGUAAUGUAUCAUUUCUGCCCCCGGAGACUGAACCAGAACCCUCCGAAGCAGGGCUGGCUGCAGGGAGGGAGGGCCAGCUCAGACCAGGCGAUGAAAACUGUGCAAAGGGGCGGCAGGAGGGCCCUGGUCUUCCUGGGCUGGGAGCCCAGAGGGUGGGGACGAGGAGCGUGUGGCCGGGAUGAGCAUGUGACUGCUCACGUAUUUAUUGGCCUUUUCCCCGUCCGGAGUGUGUCCAGAAGGGUGCUGGGUGGCGCGCAUCUGUCCUGAUGGCUACUUCACAGCGCCUGGUGCCCGCUGCUCCCACCCUUCUUAUUUUUGACACGGCGUGUUUUAUUUAAGAUGACAUGACCCGGCACGAGUGGGUCUAAAGUGCGCCAGCAUGCCCCUGACACCAAGUGUCACCACCCACCCCUCCCUCUCACUUUCUCUCUCUCUUUGAUCCCGGGACGCCCCGGGGGACGUGAGAGAGCAGGGCCAGACCAGCGGUCUGAGAGACACACUUUCUAGAAGGAAGAAUCUUGUCUUCUUCAGACACCUAUGCGUAGGGAACGAACACCUCUUCAAAUCCCAACCCUGGGGAAAAGGGGGCCUCUUUCCUUAUUUUCUGAAGAGAAAUAAAACCUUAGAAACUUAAAA